AUGGCGCGAAUAAAAAGGAAAGGAAAUCAAAAGAAGAAGCCUGGCAAACGUCGUGGCCGAGGCCAAAAGCCCGUAGCAGAUCCUGCAACCAAGGAGUCAGAUACCUCGGGCCACCGAUCUCCACUGGCCUCCAAAGUCUCUAAAGCCAAUCUUCCAGCCAAAUCAAGAGUCCUUCCACCUUCAUUUGAUCCUCUUGAAAAGAACGUCUUCGAACGCGUACCAAUGCCAGAAAACUAUGUAUUUGUGCCAAAAGGGAAUGUCUACAUCACCAGACACUGUCGAACCAAUACCAAAGAAUCUAAUAGAAUAGUCUAUGUCGUCUACGUGAGUCUCUUUCGACAAUCGCAAACCCAAUCUCAGGAUAAAGCUCUAACAAACACCCAGGACAAAUCAGGCAAACGAACCCGAGGCAUUCGAGUCCCAGAGGAAGUUCAUGUUAAGGUAUGCGACAUGGAAACCUUAACCGCAAAGACCCGCGCCGAUGAAACUGAGGCGCGUGACAUCAAAAUUAUCAGCCGCAGCCGGGACCUCCUUCGUGAAGAAUACCCGUCCAUGCCUGCUGAGUCACUGGAGAUCAUUCUUAACCACGCCUUCCUCAAGGGUUCUGGGCGAGUGGGGCGCACCUCAAUAAAGUCGGAUGAUCGCAAGGCUGAACUAGCAGUUGAAGCUCAUAUUCGUCACACGCAUACCCCGUACGAUGAAUUGCUUGAUGGUGGAAUGAAGCGGGAGAAAGCACGGAAAAUCGUGUGGCCCACGAUCCAGAGGAUUAAGAAACUCUGGGAAGAUGGAAAGGAAGAGGAUACUGAGAAUCUAGUCAUGGAAUUGUCAUCGGGCCCAGUGUAA